GUCAGGGCACGGGCACCCCACAGCCCGGUGAGCCACGAGCAGGGGUGGUAUGGGAUGAUGCUGGGACGCCGGGACAGUGGGACAUCAUUGGGACACCAGGAUGCUGGGACGCAGCACCCCACGGGACGCCCCGAGCAUCCUCGGAGCAGAGCGGCAUGCGCAGGCACGGGCGGAGGCCUUAUUUGGUAGCACGGCAGCUCCGCGCACCCCGCUCGCGGCCCUCGUCCCCAGCCCUCGCCAGCUCGACACCGGCUGGGGACAGCCAGGGUGGGAAGUGGGGACACGGAGGACGGCCACGGUGGGACACUUCCCAGAGCCAACUCCUCGCCCAUCGCUGCCCCGCUGCGAGCACUCACGAGGCACCAAACCAGCAUGGGGACAGCACCCGGGCACGUGGGCGAGCCAUGGGUCAGCCCCAUGGGCGAGGGUCCGGCAUGGCGGAGGUCCCCCCGCGGCGGCGGGCAGCCAAGCAGCUAAUCCGCUGGUAGAAAAUUAAAGCGAGCCGGGCUGCGAGGCGGCCGGGGUUGAAGUAGGUGAUUAAAUGCCUGGUGAAUGAGUCACCCGGCUCCUCCUGCCUCUCCCCGCCGUUCCCCUUCCUGUUAAAGUUUACCGGAGGAGGUUUGCACAGGGGCAGGGGACCGUGACCGCGCCGGACAUCGCGCGGGGCACCCGGUGUCCUGGGGGGCAGAUGAGGAUGGCGAGCGCAGCCCUCGCUGCUGCCGUCCUUCGGGAGGUGAGGACGCUCUUCGUCAGCGGCCUGCCCCUGGACAUCAAGCCCCGGGAGCUCUACCUGCUCUUCAGGCCCUUCAAGGGCUACGAGGGCUCGCUCAUAAAGCUCACCUCGAAGCAGCCCGUGGGGUUCGUCAGCUUCGACAGCCGCUCGGAGGCCGAGGCUGCCAAGAACGCGCUGAACGGCAUCCGCUUUGACCCCGAGAUCCCCCAGACGCUGCGGCUGGAGUUCGCCAAGGCCAACACCAAGAUGGCCAAGAGCAAGCUGGUGGGCACCCCCAACCCCAGCACCCCCCUCCCCAACGCCGUACCUCAGUUCAUCGCCAGAGAGCCCUACGAGCUCACAGUGCCUGCACUUUACCCCAGUAGCCCUGAAGUCUGGGGGCCCUACCCCCUGUACCCGGCGGAGUUAGCGCCCGCUCUACCUCCUCCUGCUUUCACCUACCCCGCUUCGCUGCAUGCCCAGAUGCGCUGGCUCCCUCCCUCCGAGGCUGGUUCUCAGGGCUGGAAGUCCCGUCAGUUCUGCUGAAUGCCAUGUCUCAGGUGUGUGAUGGUGGCCGACAGUCAGUCUUGUGGGUAUGAACGGAGCCUGCCGCCGCGGCUGCUGGGCGCGCGCUCGCCACAAAACCGCAGUGUGCUGGCUUGAAAAAAGAAAAAAACACACACACAAAAAAAAAAACCUCGCACAAGUUUGGAUUCCUCCAAGACUUUCCCACAGCCUCUAUCACACAUCUGCUCUCCCAGAAGAAAGCGAAAAGCAUACCUAGUAAUAAUAUUUCCCUCUUCUACACUGUAUAUUUGUAAGAAAGAGCGUGUUAUUUCUGAAAGCAUGGUUUGACAGGCAGUGCUGUAGCGUUUGAGAAGUAUUUUCAAACAACCAUAGGAAAGCAGACUACAAAAGGAAAGCGAGAGAGCAAGUAUUUUUGUACCAAAGCUUCCGAACAGGAAAAUCACACUGGGUUGGACCACGGCUUCUGUGCUCGACUUCCGACUCGGCGUCCUUCGGAGCGUGCCCCCCGCCGCCAGCGGCACGGCGAAGGCGUGACUCUGUGGUCCGUGCAGAGGCCGGGGCGCGUGGCUCGAGGCGGCGGGGCUGGUGCUGCCCUGGCACGGCCCGCCGGGGAUCGGCGUGCUCCGGCUGCGUCAGCGCGGCCUCCGUGUGCACUGACAGUAUUAGGGUUUUCUUCCCAGCCGUACCAAACACCACGGGGCAGGACAAUCAGAACUUCCUUACGGCGGUUUUUUACCUUAGGGCUACGUUACUAGCUCGCUGUGCAAAGCUCCGGCACGGUACAAUGCUCGCAUCAGGGACGGGCAGAGAGAGCCCACGUGCGUAGCAAGGUGAGAAUUUGCCUCCUCCUCCUGCCACGGCUGCUUGAAGUUGUUACGGACACCGUAAACUGCUGUAGGAGACACCAAACUCUCCGUUCCCCCAGCUGACUGCACGUGCCUGCCCUUGUGCCACGGCGCCGGGCUGCCCCAGGCCUUCAGCGUCCAUGUGUCCGUGCAGGAGCAGAGCGAAGAAGGGAGGCAGGGCGCGGGAUGGCGAGCCAGCCAGCAACGAGACUGCUUGGCGUGCUGGUCUCUCCUCCUCCUUGCUCCAGCAGGAAUUUGGAUAAGAAGGAGCAAAGCAAAACAAAACAAGAACUCCACCAGAUUUCGGUUUCUUGCAAAAGGAGGCGCAAAGCCCGUCUCCUCCGACCGCCUGCUCCCCGAGCGGGAUUCGCAGCCUCUCUUCCUCCUUCCUCUGUUUUCGUGGGUGGGCUGCAACACCAUGGCUGGGAAUUCGGCUGCUGGAGCCGUCCGGGGUGGGGGCGAGACGGGGGGGAAAUGGGAAACUGUGCUGCUGGGGCUGUCUGCGAGCACUGGGGCUGACAGCAGGGACUCGAGACCCCGGCGGCUCCGCGAGGAACGGCGCCCGCGGUCCCCGGUGAGGGACUGGUAACUCUUGUAGCAAACCGUCUCCUGUAUUUGUUCUGGGGAGAAGAGAGGAAAGGAGCUUCCAACGUUGUCUACUCCGCUUUUGGAAAUACGUUUAAAGGUACUUUUCUAUUGUAAUUUUUUUAAAAAUAAAGCCAGUGAUUAUGAUAAGUU